AUGGUCGCCAUGAUAUGCACACUAAAACGAACGGACUACCUCGUGCUCCCCCUGCUAGCCACCGGCUUCGCAACCUACCAAAUCGACCGGACCAACAUCGCCAGCGCGUUGACGGGAGGCUUCGCCUCGGCCAUCUCCGUGGACCAGAAUACCAUCAACCUGGGCAACCAGCUUUUGUUCCUGGGCGUCGUCCUGUUAGAGAUUCCUUCCAACAUGGCUCUACAACGGGUCGGCCCCCGUCGCUGGAUCGGUGCCCAAGUCUUCAUCUUUGGCGUCUUGGCCGCCCUACAGAUCUUCAUCCGUAAUCGGACAGGGUUCCUCAUCACGCGGGCCGUGCUCGGCCUCGCGGAGGCCGGGUACAUCCCGGCCGCGAUGUACACACUCUCCACCUGGUACACGAAGGAACAACUGACGAAGCGCAUUGCAAUCUUCUUCUUCGGGAUGUUCGGGGGCGCAGCGAUUGCGCCGCUUCUGGGGGCAGCGCUGCUGAAGCUCGAUGGACGGGGCGGGUUAGCGGGGUGGAAGUGGAUAUUCUUGGUCGAAGGACUGUGGUCCAUCAUCAUGGCCCUCCUCCUCUUCACGGGCCUCCCGGACCGCCCACCCUACUCCCCCCAAUCCAACUCACCCACACCCACACCCACAACCAGCAGCAGCAACAGCGACAGCGACAGCAGCAGUAGUCUCGACAAGCCCACCACCGACAAACCCCCAGCCAAAUCCCCAAGCUCGCCCGCAAACGACCGCAUCCCCUGGUCCCUCGUCUACAAGACCAUCACCAACACCGCCAAAUGGCCGCACUUCCUCGCCACCGGCUGUGUCUUCGCCACCUGGAGCCCGCUAACUACCUACACGCCCAGCAUCAUCAUGUCCCUCGGUUUCAACCGCAUCCUCGCCAACGCCCUGGCCGCCAUCGGCAACCUCAUCACUCUCCCGGUCAUCUUCUUCUUCGCCUGGCUGAGUGACCGAUCCCGGCGGCGGGGAAGUACCGUCCUCCUCGCGAUCGGCAGCUACCUCGUCGCGCUGGUGGUGCUGCGCACCGUGCAGCCGCACGUGGGGAGAUGGGGGCAUGUCGGGCUGUGGACGAUGGUCAAUGGGCUGGCGGUCGGGUACCACCCGGUGCAUAAUGCGUGGAUUCAGGUGAAUUGUGAGUCGGCGGGGGAGAGGAGUAUUAUUGUCAUGUCCGCGACGGCGGGGUUGAUGGCCGGGAGCCAGAUCUUCCGGGGAGAUGAGGCGGGUGACUUUUAUCCGCAGGGGCUGGUGAUUAUGAUUGCGUUGGUGGCGGUAGGGUUUGUGUUGGUGGUCGUGCAGAUGGGGAUCUAUCGGUGGACUGAAAGACAAAAGGGUAUGUCAGUGGAGGAAGAGUGCUGGGAAUGGCCCAAUCGCAUAGAUCAGUGA